AUGAUUCCAUCUAGAAAACUGCGAGUCCUCUUGAUCCUCUUUCUAUCAUCUUCUUUGUCGAAUGGAAUGUCUAAAGUAGACAGUGUUGAUCCUUUUGCCAUGGGAAACAAACCUCGCAAAUUCAGUUUAGGUGGUAUUGUAGAUUGCACAACUCGUGCCGGGAAAGAAGAGAGAGUGGCCAUGGAGAUGGCACUGCAGGACUUUUACAGCAACGCUACCCAGCGGCCCCGACUGUGUGUCAAAGACUCGAAAGGGGAUUCCUUCCGAGCAGCCUCCUCUGCUAAAACACUUAUCAAAAAGCACAAUGUAGAAGCUAUUAUAGGCUUGGGAACUUCUCAAGAGGCUAUCCUUGUUGCUGAGCUUGGCAACAGGUAUGAAGUCCCUAUCCUUUCGAUGGUAAAUGAAGUUCCAGUUUGGGCCUCUUUACGUUGGCCUUUUCUGAUUAAUGCAGCUCGCAACCAGCUCUCACAGAUGAAAGCUAUAGCAGCUAUAGUUCAGAGUUGGCAAUGGCGGAGAGUAAAUGUCAUUUAUGAAGAAAACAAAAUUAAUAGCAUCAUACCACAUCUCUUCGCUGCUCUUCAAGAUGCAGAUGCAGAAAUCAGUGAACUACUGCCUUUCCCCCCCUCACCUCCAUACCGUUUUUUAUCUGAAAAACUGGUGUCUCUUAGAAACGGGCAGUGCCGGGUGUUCAUCGUUCACACUAGUGCAACACUGGCGAGAAUCAUUUUCAGGGAAGCGAAGAAAUUGGAAAUGAUGGAAGAAGAAUAUGUAUGGAUCACCACAGACUCCACAUCAGACUAUUUUGAUACAUUUAAUAAUUCGGUCCUUUCAUCAAUGCAAGGUGCCUUGGGUGUUAAAAGCUACAUUUCCAGUUCCAGUAAAAGAAUCAAAGAUUUUCGCUCAAGAUUUCAGGUGAUGUUCAGCUCUCAAUUUCCUGAAGAGCCAUUUCCAGAGCCAGGGAUUUCUGCCUUACAGGCCUAUGAUGCAACGUGGGCUGUUGCUCUUGCAAUGGAAGGAAGACCAAGUUCGAAAAGGUUCGGAAAUUCUACAAGUAUCACUCCUAAAGCUUCAAUGGGUGGAACAAGUUUGUUGAACAGAAUCUUAGCUUCUAAAUUUGAGGGCUUAACUGGUCAUAUAUGUUUUAUAAAUGGCAUGUUGCAUCCUGCGGCACGAAUCUUUACUCUAGUCAAUGUUGUAGGGAUAAGUACUGAACUCGGGUAUUGGACUGACGGCUAUGGUUUCUCAAAGACUGUUGGUGCAAACAUCCAUUACAACAAGUCAAUAACAGUUUUAAGGCAGAUCAUUUGGCCUGGAGGGCCUUGGUCAGCUCCUCGCGGAUGGGCAUCAGCAGCAGGGGGCAAGAGACUAAAAAUAGUAGUUCCAUCAGGAAAUAGUCACAAAGAAUUCGUAAAAGUAUCAUAUGAUGGUCCUGGGGGUAGUAUAAGAGUUACAGGAUUUGUAAUUGAUGUCUUCAACGCCACUCUCUCUCGGUUGCCCUAUGCUUUGCCAUGUGAUUUCACCGGGUAUGAUGGCUCCUAUGAUGCCUUGGUAUACCAAGUUUAUAAUCGGUCUUUUGAUGCAGCAAUAGGAGACACGGCCAUUUUGGCCAACCGUAGUAAAUAUGCAGAGUUCUCUCAACCUUUCACUGAGCCAGAUGAAAAUAUCGUCCGAAUUCGAAACGAGGAAGAAUAUGCUGCAGCUCUUAUAAAUGGAAGUAUAGCCGCAGCAUUUCUAGAAAUUCCAUACAUCAAGGCCUUCUUGGCUAAAAAUUGCAAUGGCUUCACAACUUCAGGACCAAUAUACAAAGUUGGAGGUUUUGGAUUUGUUUUCCCAAAGAAUUCUCCAUAUAUUCCUGACAUCUCGCAAGCUGUUGUUAACAUAUCAGAGACGCUUAUUGACUUGCUUCAAAUUUCUUUGCACAGCUCCGAGUGCUCAGCUUCAAAUUCUGACGACCAUGCAAGUAUCGGACUCACUCCCUUCAUUGGACCAUUUCUGAGUAGCUCCGGAAGAAACAGCAGCGGCGGAACUACCAGCACCAGCAGCGACAACCGCACUACCAGCCAGGGAAACAGCAUCUGCAUCACAUCUUCAGCAGCAGCUGGAGCUGGAGCACCAGAACCAGCAGCAUCAGCCACAGCAACACCUAACUAUUGCUUAAUCUCAGCUGCAAACAGGGGAGGGGUAGCAAAAGUACCCAGAUUCAAGAUCUUGACUUCUGCUAUUGAUGGCUUGAGGGAAGAUUGA